AACUUGACUGCCCUGCUGCCUGCUGAUUGUUCGCUCCAACAUUACUCGUCCUUUCGUCAAGCAAGAUAACCCGACGACGACUAGACUUUGACUCUGCUCAUAUCAUCAUCACUCGACUUUGACAUUGUAUCUUUCUCAUCACUCUCUCGCUCUCGACACCACCUCGAGACACCACCACCACCCCUUAACCCGCCACACCAGCCACCCAGCACCACCACCAACAACCAUGACUCCCACCACUACCACCACCACCUCGCAGCCCAUCCCCCAGGCCAACGCGGUCGCCUCUACGUCCGCCGCGUCGACCCCCUCGGCCUCGCCACAACAGGCGACAAGUAUGCCCGGCGCGGCCACGACCCCCGGGCAGCUCGAGGGCCGCCUCAACGCGCUGCUCUCGAGCUUCGACAUUGGCACGCAUGGGCUCUGUCGCGAGGAGCGCAGAACCGGCGAGUUUGCCAAGCCCCACCCCCAAACCAAGCCCGCGGCCCCGCGCGACCCCUCGCCAUCGCGCUCGCCGCUCCUCUCACUGCUGAGCCUGACGCGCCCGCGCAUGAGCGUGAGCGGUGCGUCCACCAGCGCGCCCACAACGCCGCGCGGGAGCAUUGCCCUGCCUUCCCCCGGGCUCGACGCGCUCAGCACCGCCAACCCGUUCAACAACGCCGUUGCUGCGCCCCGCGGCCGCCCGACGAUGGAGACGCAGCGCCGCCACUCGCAUUUCGACCCCGGUCGCGAGCCCAAGCUCCACGGCCUGUUCUGAGCCGCUCCCACACGUUGUAUAUAGCUGUUCUUUCGUCCCGCCACGCGGCCCUGGCGCCCGCCGCCACCCGCCACCUCACCCACCUAUCCGCCAAUAAUACCACUCAUGGCCGCAGCCACACCACUUCAUUGUUGUUCCCCGAUUGAUUGUAUGCGCAUGCAUUAGUAGAGCUGUG